UGGCCGGGCUACAAUCGAAUUUGGACCAUUGAGUCAUUCUGUGUCCCGCCGCCUUAUGGGGUUGGGACUGGAGUUGGGAGAAAGGAUUGCAUCCCGUCGCCGGGUCUUGACGAAGACGAGGCUGACUUGGAUGUGUAUGAUUGGGUGUUGCUUCAUUAUCACUUUGGGGGAACGCCCGAGUGGACAAGGGUGGACACAAGUGCUCGAGUCGACGGGUUAUGGGAGGCGGACUUGUAUCCAACAUGGUUCAUGCCCGAGGCAGAAAGUCUGAGUCACGAACGGACUAGACAAGACGCAAGCACACUGACAUGCGUGGUUAUGUAG